CAAACGUGCAGGUUUCAUCCGUGAGCUCGCAGCUCUCCCUGUUCAUCUGUCGUGCUGCUUUGUGCCUCCAAACAGUUGCGAAAAACUGCCCUCGUGGGAAUAUUUGACUCGUCUGGGCUCGGAUCCGCGUGGCGCAGCAUCGGGUGUAGCAGCCACCAUGCCGUGGGAAAUCGCAAUAGCAGUCAGCGUUCUCUUGGCAGGAACAGUGGCUGGUGAAAUAGCGCCAACUACGUCACAAUUCGCAGCUUCUGUUAACGUCAGCGACCUCAUACGCAGUGUCCAGAAACGUCUUCAAUGCGCACCUACUGGCCUCACGGACCUCGAAUGCAUUGAGUGUUUGUCCAAUCGGAGGCUCCUCGACUUAGUACCUGCUAGCAGGCAGCAUGCGACACAGAAUUCACCGCAGCUAUUUCAGCAGCUAAGUGUGGUUCUUCUCUACCACCUGGCAAACCUUAAGGAUGCCUGCAAGGACCCGUCCAAGUGCAGUACAUAUGCUCAGUGUCGAACGUCCCUCCUGGAUCUCGUGCGCCAUAACGACGAGAAUGCUGUUUUGCUCAAGUUUGAGGACAUACUGAGGAAUGUUAAAGAAGUCUACAAGUCAGACUAUAAACUACAGUGCUUUACUGCUGAAUCUGUCCUGGCCGACGCACCCAAAUACAAAAACCACGGUGACCACUUCGUGGAGGACCUCUCUAGGGCUGUCAUUAGGCAUCUUAUUGAUGGCAAAUGCAUAGAAGUAGGUGGAGCGGCAACGGAUUUCCUUGAAGAUUUGUUCCAGAAGUUCGGGGACCAAAACUCCGAUACCAUGAGUCAGACAGGACUGGAACGUCUCAUGAAGAAGCUAAAGGUGAACGCCAAAAAUAUCGGAAGUAGCAGUCACAGCCAUGAUCACGAUCAUGGCCACGAACACGAUCACGACCACGGAAACGAACACGGAAAUGAGCACAGCCACGACCACGACCAUGGUCACGACCAUAGCCAUGACCACGACCAUAGCCACGACCACGACCAUAGCCACGACCACGACCAUAGCCACGACCACGACCAUAGUCACGACCACGACCAUAGUCACGACCACGACCAUAGUCACGACCACGACCAUAACCACGACCAUAGCCAUGACCACGACUACAGCAAAGACCAAGACAGUAGCAAGGACCACGAUCACAGCCAUGACCACGGCGAUGAUCAUGACCACGAUACCAAGCAGCAUCCCAAUGAAUCACAUGCGAGUCAUGACCAACAUGACCAUCCUCACGACACUACGCACGAGUACCAUACGGUAGAAGAUCAUGGUGAACUUGAUAACUCCGAAAACCGCACGGAGCAUGGCAGUCGCGACCACGCUGAUCAUGGCCACGACAACAUCCAUUCUACCCCCGCGUCGAGCGGCCAGGAUGACAGCAGUCAGCAUGGGCAACGAAAGAACCGCCGUGCAAACGACGAUCACAAGUCCGAGCAGCAACCCCGUGAGAGUCAUAUUGAUCACGAUCACCAGAACAAAGACCUCAAAGGAAAGGGAACGCACCACGGCAGUGAAGAAGCCAGCAGUCAUACAUCGCACAGCACGGCUGGUCAAGUACGGUCAACAGGUUAUGAGUUUUCCUCUGCAACACCGUUUCCCACCGAUUAUGACACACACAAAGUACCACCAGGUUCUUCUGACACACAGAAAACUAGAAGAAGUGCACCUGUACUCGAGACCAAGCCCAAUGAUCACCACAAGCACAGCAGUUCAGCAGCAAAGUGUUGGACAACCCCCGAGCUCAUCAGCAAGUUCAGCCAAACUGCAAAUAACAGCAUUAGUAAACAGGAGUUCCUCCAGUUGUGUCCAGCACUUGUCCAACAAGCAGUGACGGACGUCUGCAAGCACAUACACAAAAACUCUUCUUCUAUGCCGUCCACAGCUGAACUGUACGGUUAUGGAACACUCGCAGUCUUUAUCAUCACUAUGUGUUCCUUGGUGGGCAUCCUGCUUCUGCCUUGUAUGGCGCGCUCCAUUUAUCACUAUAUAAUGAUGACAUUCAUCGGUCUGUCCAUUGGUGCCAUGGCGGGUGAUGCCUUCCUUCAUCUAAUUCCACAGGUGCUUGGCCUCCACAACCACGGCGGUGACGGUCACGGCGACCACGACCACCAUCAUCACCAUCACGGUGAAGAGGAUGGUCUUGUGGAUCCCUACUUUUAUAAAGAGCUGGGCCUUCUUGGGGUGCUUUACUUCCUCUUUCUCUUCGAAAGCAUCAGCGCUCUAAUUACCGGCCAGGACAAGGACGAGCACCAUGUGGGCCACACCCAUAUGCAUGGAAGCAUUCCCGAAGAGCUACGCAUGAACAAAGUCGGCCAAAAAACGGAAUCACGCAAUGAGCUGGCUCAGUAUGGCAGCAGGGCCUCCCUUGAACAUGGUGCAGCGGAACUUCAGUCAGAUCCAUUUUUCAAGUCCAGCAAACUUUGUUGUGGGAUGUCGACGUUGGCGACAGUGAUAAUUCUCGGUGGUGCUAUUCACAACUUCGCUGACGGUCUUGCCAUCGGAGCCUCAUUCACAGGUAGCGUCAAAGACGGCCUCUCCACAUCCAUCGCCGUCUUUUGUCACGAGCUACCUCACGAAUUCGGAGAUUUCGUGGUAUUGAUCUCGACGGGACUUGGCUACAAAAGGGCCCUGUUCCUUAAUCUAAUGUCUGGGCUAGCGGCAUUCGGCGGUCUGUAUGCCGGCUUCCAGGUUGGUGAUGACGCCGCCGCACGAAACUGGAUCCUCGCAGUGACAGCAGGCGUCUUUCUUUACGUCUCACUCGUCGACAUGCUUCCAGAGCUGAAAAACUAUCGUGGUGAGAGCCCUGUGAAGAUGUUUAUCUGCAAGAACAUCGGACUGAUCGUGGGUGUCUCCUUCAUGUGCGUUAUUGCAAUCUUCGAGGACAGACUGGAGUUGUGAUAAGGCUCCAAGUGCUUCGCUACCUUCAGGUGCCAAGAAGUGUUUAUGUUGCCAUUGGACGUAAGUCCUAUUUUGAAGAACUCCGAAGAAUUGCGACAAGCCAUCAAAUGAUGGUGCACUUCUUACGAAAAUACUGUACAUAAAUAUGUUUUGUUUUUUUAACAUAUACAAAAAGUUGUCACUUCUUCAAAACUUA